ACCCUAAAAGAAAAGCAGUAAAAUAGAGUCGCGCCUCCAUUCACUAUCUCUACUCCAUCGUCUGAAUCGUCUCCGGCUGACCAACUCCAGCCCUCCAGCCGUUGGUUUAGAAAUUGCAGAUCAAUAGAUUGAAAAGAGAAGAGUGUAAGAUGUUGGACAUUAAUCUAUUUCGUGAGGAGAAAGGCGGGAACCCUGAGAUAAUUAGGGAGUCCCAGCGCCGUCGUUUCGCAGAUGUUAAUAUUGUUGAUGAGGUUAUUGAGCUUGACAAAGCUUGGAGGAAGCGCCAAUUUGAGUUGGAUGGUUUGAAGGCCUCCAGGAACAAGAUGAGCAAAGAGAUGUCUCGCCUCAAAAUUUCCGGUGGAGAUGCAAAUGAAGUUAAAGGCAGUUUAGAUGAGAACAAAGAACUGACUACACAGAAGGAGGCUGAGGUGCAGGAGGCCUUUUCAGCAUUGCAGAGUAAAUUAAGAAUCAUUGGAAACCUAGUGCAUGAUUCUGUUCCGGUUGACAAUAAUGAGGAUAAUAAUGCUGUUAUACGGACAUGGGGAGAGAAGAGGAUGGAGCCAAAGCUGAAGGAUCAUGUCGAGCUUGUUGAACGGCUUGGAAUUGCUGAUUUGAAGAAAGGUGCAAAUGUUGCGGGAGGUAGAGGUUAUUAUCUCAAAGGAGAUGGGGUACGGCUUAAUCAAGCUCUAAUCAACUUUGGUCUUGAUUUUUUGGACAAGAGGGGAUAUACAGCAUUGCAGACCCCUUUCUUCAUGCGGAAAGAUAUUAUGGCAAGGUGUGCCCAGCUUGCCCAGUUUGAUGAGGAGCUUUACAAGGUUACUGGAGAAGGAGACGACAAAUAUCUGAUAGCUACUGCUGAACAACCACUUUGUGCGUAUCAUAUGGACGAUUGGGUUCAUCCUACCCAACUGCCUGUGAGAUAUGCAGGAUAUUCUUCCUGCUUCAGGAAAGAAGCUGGCUCACAUGGUAGAGAUACUUUAGGAAUUUUCCGUGUUCAUCAAUUUGAAAAGGUUGAACAGUUCUGUAUGACUAGCCCAAAUGGAAGUGAUUCAUGGGAAAUGCAUGAAGAAAUGCUCAAAAAUUCAGAGGCUUUUUACCAGCUGCUAAAUAUUCCCUAUCAAGUUGUAUCUAUUGUCUCUGGUGCCCUGAAUGAUGCUGCUGCAAAGAAGUAUGACUUGGAAGGGUGGUUUCCAGCAUCACAGAAGUACAGAGAACUUGUUUCCUGUUCAAAUUGCACUGACUAUCAGUCGAGGAGAUUAGAAACACGAUUUGGACAAAAAAAGGCUAAUGACAAGUCAAAAGAGUAUGUGCACAUGUUAAACUCCACCUUGACAGCAACUGAGAGGACUAUGUGCGCCGUCCUUGAGAACAACCAAAAGGAGGAUGGGGUCGAGAUACCAGAGGUUCUUCGACCAUUCAUGGGUGGGAAAUCCUUCAUUCCUUUUAUUGUCCCCCCUACCAAAGAUUCCAAAGGGAAAAAGAGCACUGAAUAAGCUGAUUGUUAUUCCAACUCCCUGUGUUCAUGUACGGUUGUCUUGGAAGCUUUUGUUUAGGCCUUGCACUUCCAUACGUUAAUGCAAAAACUAGCUCUGCUUUUGAUAGACUAAACAAUAUACAACCUUUGUUUUUUGUCUUUGCUCUUCUUUGAUGUUUCUAUACAAUCAACAUUUGUAACGUCCAUCUGAUCAAAUUAAAAUUAAGUGUUUCCUCUUU